UUAAAGUUAAUAUUGCUUUGAGAAAAUUUCCCUUAAACAUUAUUUUCUUUUAUACUUCAGUAUUGUGAAGGUAGUAUACUUUUAUGAACUGUCCCAGUAAAUAAAAUUUACUUAAUGACCUAUUCUCAUACUUAUCAAAAAUACAUAAAUCUCAUAGAAACCGGUCAAGUUUUAAUCAAAACAAAAUGGCAAGAUUUUUAUUUAUUAUAUUAAUUUUAUGGCUGUAUAAGGUUUACUUUAUAAAAAAGUAAAUUUUAAACCUUAUUGUCAGAUAAUGUCACUGUUUGCUAUUGUGAACUUAGAUUUUGCACCAUUUCUUAAUAUUUAUUUAUAGUUUAUAAUCAUAAAACAAAUAAAUUGUUUUGUAAUUAAACAACUACAUAUAUUAUAAUAUGGGGCCUAAAAAACCUGGUAAAGAUACAGAGGAUGAAUAUCUCUGGCGCACCUGCAUUGAAGAAGCCGCAUUAGAUGAUGAUACAUGGAAAGUUAAAGUAAUUUUAUUUGAGGCAGCUGGUAGUGACCAAGACAGAUUAUACUUAAAUAAAUUUGAGGUAUAUGCAGCGGAAGAAAGACGUUUUGUUAUAAAAAAUAUCUGCAAAACUGAAACGAUAUUUAUGGUUAAUCAAUUGGGCGGGGAAAAAAAAGUUAAGGAUGAGAAUCUUAGAGUAUUCGAAGAAGGCCAGUCUUAUUUAAAAGAAAAGCGUGAUAUUCCGGCAGAUAUUUUAGCUUUAAUAAUAAAAAAAUUGAUAUUGAAAAUGAAAGAUGAAUACCUUUUUAUUAAACGCCAAAAGCUGGAAGUCAGAGAAGGCAUUCGACGUGAGUCUAAUACUAUGAUUAACAGGGCAGAAGUUCGGGGAACUGUUAUUGUUAAAGCACCUGAACCAGUUGAACCGGCCCCGGAAAUCCCGAAAGGUAAAGGUAAAAAGGGAGAGCAGGAAAUUCCAGAGGUUCCAGAAACAGACGAAGAUAAAAAGUACAACACGCAACUUCGAGUAAGAGGUGAAGAGUGGAGAGACAAAGUGUACGUAGAUGAUUUCCCUACAGAUGGUCCUAACAUUUAUGUUGCGGUCACAGGUUUUGUUGAGCCAUAUCUUGCUGAAAGUCUUAUAAAAAUAGGAAUACCUUUAACAGCCGUAGUACAAAUUAGAAUUAACCCGGCUGACGUUAGAAUACCGUCAAGUUUAUUUCGGGCAACGAAACGUGGCCAAAGUCAAACGGAUCUUAUAAUGGAACAGUCAUUAAAGUUUUGGGACGAUUUGCAGCAAUUAAGAAUACAAAAACAAUCAGCUGAUUAUUUUAAAGGUACGGCUUUUUUAGAGUAUUCUCCUCCUUACUGGCAGAAUGAAAACUUAUCAGGUGAGUCGGAAAAAAUUUACGAUGAACUAUGUUAUCUCAUGUACGAUGUUCAAGAUUUGACUAGGCAACAUGUUCAUUAUUUAGAAAAUGUAGAUAUUGUCAAUGUACCAGAAGAUGAAAGUGAUGGAAAGUUUAAUAAUUUUUAUUGCCGGCUUAUUGAAGAUAUUCCUUUAGAAUGCGUAACCGUUUAUUCCAUUUUAGAUAGCAUCUUACAAACGGUUUCUAAAAAUGACUAUUUUGGCGAAACUACAAGUCAAACUUCACUAUCUACCGCUGUAACCAUCAAUCAACCUCGUCAAAAUUCAAAAAAUGACGAUAAGGCAGAUAAAGCUGAACAUUUAGUAAAAGGCGUGUUUAAUGCAUUGUGCAGUACUGAUGCUAAGACGAAAUCGUAUCGUAUUAGUUACGGUGAAGAAUACGAAAACCAUAAAAAUCCUUUAAUUAUAAAUUUUGGAGAUGUAGUUAAAUAUAAUACUUUUCAUCUGGGAAAUUUAAAUCUAGAUAAUUUGGUAAAAUGUAUGUUAUUUGGGAUGCCUACGAAUAAUUUAUGGUGUAGUUACGAUUACCCUAGAGGCGAGUUGGAAGCAAAAAUUCAAUUUCAUAUUAAUAUUCUUCUAUCGUGUUUUGACAGAACCGAUGUAGAAACUACAGAAUUAAAUAGACUUUUGCAUAUUUUAGCUUGCCGUAAACUAUACAAUAAUAGAAGUUCCUUAAAAAAGCACCAUUUACCGAUAAGUACAAUAACAGAAUUUAAAAAGAUAUAUCUGAAACGUAGUAUUCUUGCCGAACCACUUCCAAAAUGCAGUUCUGUGUGCCGUGUAUUGAGUACGACAUCUCCGUCGUUUCCUUCAAUGCUUAAGAGUAAUGAAGACAUCGUGCAGUCUCCAGAGAGUGAUGAAGAAACAUAUCGAAUGAAAUUUCUUUUUGAAUGUCCAGAUAUAAGUGAGCUGGUGUCGGCGGCUGAAAUUGCUAAUCGUACGCCUGUUGCGCAUAUAAUUGAUGAUUUUGAAUAUUUUGAAGAUUUUAGUGGGUCUUGUGCUUUUCAAACAAUGACCGAAGCCUUUUAUAAAUUUAACUGCUUAGACUACAAGUAUUGCGAAGUAACGGACUGCCUUAUUAUGAUGUUUUUUAAUAGUCAUGAUUCAGAUGGUAUAUCGCGUGAAGAGUGGCGUUGUCAUUUGCCGACUCCAUGUUGUUUACAAGACUUCUUUGACUUCGUUCUUGAGGAACAAUAUGAUUGGAUACAAAAGGAAGAAAAAUUCUACGAUGAAGAAAUGGCUUUAAAGUCGGAGUCAGAAUGCAAAGUAUUAACUGGUGAAGUAACUGCGAAAUCUUGUGUUGAAAAUUCAGAUAUUCAAAUGGAGCUUCUUAUAGAGGGAUCUUUAAAACACAAGGAAUUCAUUGAAGCUGAAAAUGCGGAGCCAGAAGAUUCUGAAAUUCAGGAUUCUGAAUUUAAAAAGUCUACAAAAUCUCCAUCAGAGUCGGAAAUGGAAUCUAAAAGUAGUAAAAAAGCUAAGUCACCAACAGCUUCAACGCCAAAACCUCUAAAAAGCUUACAAACUACUGCAUCUGCAAUGUUUGUAGAAACUCCUAAAAAACCUUUUUCUGGUUAUGAUUUGGGUGAUAGAAGAGUUGAAGUAUUUGGAAAAGAUUCAAUAUAUUUUUCCCAAGACGGAACUCGAGUUACAAGUACAUAUUCAUUGAUGAUACCGAAUAACCUAGAAUAUAUAAGUUUAAACAUAAUUCCGGGUAAUCGUGAUAAUACAUUUUGGAUGCAUAAGGCUCUGGGAGAUUCUCUUAAACCUGAAACAGUUGAUACUUGCGAAUCUUUUAGAAUUGUUAGUAAGAACAAUGUAAUUAUUUAUGUUAAAAAACAAUCUUAUGAAGUUCCGUUACCUACAUUGGCAACUAUUUCUUUGGAAAAUGCUAAACAGAAAGAAAGCACCGUCAAGUCACCAAAUUUAUCAUCUAAACUUAGCAAUACUAUACCUCAGUUAUUUGAAACUAUAUCUUUCUACUCGUUAUUUGUCACAUGGCCUAAUGGCCUUGUCACGGAAACUAUUCAUGAACAUAACUCUCACCAAAUAUCUCAUAUUAAACAGUAUAAUAUAGCCACAACAUCAAACUUAAAUGAAGAAAUGAGGUGUAUAAGUUUAAAUGGCGAAGUAGUUGUAUUUAAAAUAGAGGGUGACAUUGAAAUAUUGCGUCCAGAUGGAUCAUAUAUACUCAUAACAAACUGUCAAAAACGCCGCAUCUGCAAUGAUUUAGAGGAGACCAUCAGUGAAACUAGCUCUGAGAAAAACAAAAAAGGCAAAGUUAAAGGCAAGGAAAAACCAAGUAAAGCAUCUUCAAAGUCGUCCAAAAAUGUAAUUAUAGAAGAAGAUGUAUCAGAGAAUAAGGUACCUGAAUAUGAAUUAGUAAUUGAAGAAUAUAUAACUAUUGACACAAAUGGCUUAAAAGAGAAAUGGAUUAAUGACAAUUCUUUCUUUAUUGAAAAAUUACUUGUUAGAACCGCAACAGAUUAUUGUCUGGGUGAAGUGUUUUCUAGAAGAAUGGAUGGUACUCACAUUCUUUUGAAUAAGGAAGGCUUACAAAGUGUUACUUUCUCUAAUGGGACUCGUAUCAUUACCCAAUAUUUCAUUGAAGAUGAAGAGGUAUACCCAGAGUGGAAUGAAGAGGAAUUACUGUAUUUUUCUUUGAUUGAGUCUGAUACAGGAGAUAAUGAUACUUAUAAGUCAAAAGGGUCCGAGUCGCAAAAAAGUGUUGAUUUGGAAGAAGCUGAUUAUAGCAGUAGCUACGUCAGUGAAACUUCAAGAAAGGUUGAUGAAGAGGUUAAUUUGACUAAAACGGCCCGUACAGAUGGAUUUGUAUCCGUACAAAUUUUAUAUACAAUAGAGCAUCCCAAUUUCACUACAGUUACCAUAAACAAAUCAAGUGGAAAUGUAACAAUAGACUCCCCUAACGAAACAAGCGUAACAAUAAAUAACAAAAACAAUUUUAAUUUCUUUAUGGAUAAUGUCACAACCGCGUGUUUUAAUGGAGAAAAUCUUGAUAUAAUUUACGAGGCCUGUUCAGGUUGUCGGUCCAAAACAAAAUGCACGGUGAAAAUCAAGCAUGAGGAAAUGUCCAGUGUCACUCAAAUCCAACGAAACUGGUUAAAAAUGGAAGAUUCUUUUGGAAAAAAAAUAGUUGUCAACGACGAAGGAAGCAUAUCAGUGAGCAGCGAAGCGGUAUCUGAAGAAGUUCUUGUCGUUGACGAAAUCUGUCAAAACGGGGAAUCUGUUCAAGUUGGUAAAAAACCAACUCUCAAUAAAUCCGCAAGCACAAUGUCAACGCACGGAAAAUGUAGAGAGAUAUACCAAGCGAAAAAUAUGAGAUACUUUAUAUUGAAGCGUGAUUUGACCUGUUCUGAAUUACUACAUCGGUCCGUUGUGGAGGAUUACAAGAAGGAUUGUCGAUGGCAACCAUGGUGUUCUAUUAAUCGUUACAACACAUUUGGCGAUCACCGAAGCAUUGUAUCCAUAUUAACUCCAGUACAUAGAAAUGAAUCGGAGAAAUGGUUAAUGGAAUCUAAAUUGGCAGACAAACCCAAGUAUUUAACUUAUAAGGAUCUUAAGAAGGAUAGUGGUAAAGGCUUUUAUCAUUGGAUGCGCCCAUAUGAAAGAUUUAAACCAAAACCACGGAAACCAGAUAAUGUUCUACCCGAUAGGUUGCCUUGUGCCUAUUUAUUUAGAGUCGUGGAGCAACAAUGGAAUGAAAACGAAAGAGAAGAACUGAAGGGUGGCAAGGAACUUUUGUACGCUAUUCUAAGAUAUCGUCAUGUUAUAGAGAGUGAUAGUAAAACAAUUCUAAAUAUACCAAUUAUUGACUUACGACCCGAAGAUGAACGCCGGACUGACUGUAUUAUCCAAGCCAUCGCUCAUAGGACGUAUGAAGAGCUGAAGACAAAACUGGCAGAAGACGUUCAAAGUCGUGUCAAAAUGACAAUCACUACAAAGGAGCCGCCGUCGCAAGAAGAAAUGUCUAUAGAUGGAGAAAUGGAUGACGGAGAGACGACUGGAGAGUUCAAAUCAACAGAAGAAAUAUCUAGUUUAGUACAAGAAGUGGCAGCGGCUGAAGAGUUGAGCUCCAAUCUUAAACGAUACUGGCGUCGCCGAGGUGAAGAGUAUAAAGAGGAACAGUUUUAUCAGUACCUUCUUCGCGAAGGCAGCGUUCCACCGUACUUUAGAAAUGUGUUAGGAGGUGCCAUCUGGUGGGAAAUGAAUAACGCGGCAGGCGAAGCGGCGACUGUGGCUGAACGGAAGAAGAUGAAAUGCCCUUGUCCGGAUGAAGAAGUCUCAGAUAUACCUCCAUUUAUGUAAUAAAUAAAAUGAGAAAAUUUGUUUUAUUA